AAACUACAAAUUUCAAUUUUACAUAUAGAGAAAUGGAUCAAAAUUUGGUAGUGGUAGGAAAGAAGUUUUGGAAAAUUGUUCGAGUAGCGUUAUGCAUGUUAAGAAAAGGCAUAUCAAAGCAGAAAAUAAUGCUCGAUAUCAAAUUAAUGAUGAAGCGUAGCAAGAUUAGUAGUUACAAAGCUGUGGUCCAAAAUCUCAUGUUCCACUUCCACCACCACAACCAAAACCGCCGCACCGACCAAGUCGAGAGUGGUAAUUUACCAUUUUGCCCUCCACAUGAGGAUGAGUAUUAUGAGUUCAGCUGCACUAGCAGCCCAAAUUUGGACAUGAAAAAACACACUGCUACCGAAGAGGAUAUUGUGGUGAUGAAUGCGGCGGUAAUGAGAGCCGCAUUGGAGAUAAUUAAGGGUGAAACAACGUCACCUGAUAAUUAUUUUCGUGGGUUUGGGAGACAGUUGAGGGUUACUGACUCGCCUUUUCCGGUGAGAGAUGAGGUGGAAGAAGUGGAUAAUCACGUAGAUGAGAAAGCUGAUGAGUUUAUCUCAAAGUUCUAUAGAAAUUUGAGACGACAAUCUUCAUUUUCUGCUUCAUAA